AUGGCUGCCAACAUAGUUCACAGAAGGAAUUUUAGAGAGAGAAAAGACUGUUUACAGCAGUACAGUGAUCGUGAACUUAUCGAACGUUUUCGGCUUGAUUCAGGUGGAAUCCUUUUUGUGGAAUCACUUAUUCGUGAUCAAAUAUCUAGUGGUUCUCGGCGUAAUAUGGCAUUAUCCUCUCUUCAGAAAGUUCUUCUUACUUUGAGGUUUCUAGCUACGGGCAAAAUGCAGCUGUGCAAUGGCGAUGACAUGGGUGUUUCUCAGCCAACUGUCUCACGGGCCAUUACCGUAACACUGGCAAGCCUUACCUCCCCUCUUAUGAUCGGUCGGUUUGUACAAUUUCCAUCUAGCGCAGCAGAGAUUAGAAGAAACCAAGAGUCUUUUCACGCAAUCGCGGGCUUCCCAGGGAUAGUAGGCGCCAUCGAUGGUACCCACAUUCAAAUAAUUGCACCACACGAAUAUGAAAAUGAAUACGUCAAUAGACACAACUACCACAGUAUUAACACACAAGUUGUUUUUGAUGCAAAAUAUAGAAUCAUUGAUGUUGUUGCUAAAUGGCCAGGCUCCACUCACGAUUCCCGAAUCCUUAACGAAAGUGGUUUGAGAGUCCUGUUCGAAAAUAAUCACAUCCCCAUUCACACACAUUUGCUUGGCGACAGCGGAUAUCCCUCCAAACGUUGGUUAUUGACUCCUUUUCUGAGACCAAACCAACCAUCGCAGUUGAAUUACAACAGAGCUCACAAGAAAACAAGAUCUGUGGUGGAAAGGGGGAUCGGACAACUGAAGAGGCGAUUUCAUGUACUACAUGGUGAAAUCCGCUUGUCACCUGAGAAGGCAUGUCAGGUUAUUUUGUCCUGUGCCAUUUUGCAUAACAUUUGCAAAGAUCGAUGCAUUCCAUGCCCACAAGAUCAUGAAGAUGAUGGUGAAGAUCAACAAGUUAAUGUACAUGUACCACACAUAUUUAACAACAAUGGCAAUGAUGGUCUGAGAUACCGACAACAGUUUGCAGAGACUCACUUUUGAGUUGCAUUGGGAGUUGUAGGCCUGCAAACUUGUAGUCAUGGAUGUUAAUGGUAGUGAAGGCUCUUGUACAGGUGCGGCGACUAGAUGGCUAGAGUUGAGAAUGAGGGGAUCCAUACCAGGAGGUCCCUCAAAGACAUUGAUUCCCCUGUGAUGAAAAGAGAUUAAUUAAAUGCUUACUUAGUAUUCUCCUUUCUAUAUCUUCUGCAGCUCUUUUGAAUUAUUAAAAUAUAUGAUUGCAUUGAAUGUU